AUGCCUGUCACGAGGAAACGCAAGGCCGUCAGCCCCGACACGGCCAAACAAAGCACAAUUGCCAGCCAGAAGACCAUCAAUACCUUUGGACACGUCACCAAGAGCCAGAAAGCAGAUNNCAGAGCGCGAAGAAGCGGAAGAUAUUCAGGAACGCUNUUGCCACCAACGCCUGCAGAGACGCCGUCCAAAAGUGCUUCCAAGCUGUUUGAGCGUUUGAUCCUCGACCACUCCGCUCCUGCCUCGGCCAAUCCAGUACAAGAGACCGUCUAUGACACACCUCCACUCACUCCACGCGCCUUCAAAAGUCUCGGAUCAUCACUACCCACCACCGAGCUGCCUACCCAACUACAAGACUUGACACGACUGUUCAGAGCAUUCCUCACAAGCACAUCAUUAUACUGCGCCCACAAUGGCUUCGGUACCCCCAUGUACAUCACUAACCUACUGCCACACGUCACAAGGAGUUGGAGGACACGAGCCGUCACAGAAGCCGACAUGUACACAAUCCUCGGCAUCCUUGGAAAGAACGACACUUUCGAGUUGGCCGACAAUGGCGAAGGAAGCCUCUGCAUCGAGCUCCUCGAGACAAACUACUCCACGACCGGCCACUUUAACCAGCCCGAGCUGAUUCAACAAUUCCACCACCGCUUGUCUGCACUCUGGAACCAAUGGACAUCCUCGUCACCGACAGCCCGCUCACACAUUCAAGCCUUCCUCUCUCAACUCCCCACCGUCAACAUCAUCACCAGCCAAGUCGCCCCCAGCAACCCCACUCUCCUCACAAAAGGCUCCCAGCGCCUCCAGGACAUCAAAGCCACCGCCCUCGCCGCCCGCGCUGCGCAAGCCUCCGCCCGCAAACCCCUCGUCGCGCCAUCCGCAAAAUCCGAUGCUGCAGUCGCCAGCCGUGGCGCCAACCUCCUCGACCGCAUCCUCGCCAAGCAAGCUGCCAAUGCGAACAGAGCCGCUGCACCCGAUCCUGCCCAUCUCGCUCGUCUUUCUGCUAUCGACCGCAUAUCUGAUAUUGUCGAUGUGCUGGAUGUGCUGUCGAACGGCCGCGCACGAGCCAGUUUCUCGACCAAAGUACUGCUCUCGCAUUUGCAAAAUUCGUUGAGGAAUCCGAUUUCUGCUGAGGAAGGAGAGAAGUGUUUGAGUAUCAUGGCGGGAGAGACUGCGAGGAACUUUGUCAAGAUUAUUAGGGCGGGAAGUGUGGAUGCUGUUGUUAUCACUCGGGGUGGUAAGCCCAGACCUGACGAGCUGAGAGCGGCGCUCGAAGUGGCUAAGAAUGCUUGA